CAAGUAGGGCAAGUGGCUGAGGCUAAGGACUGCAAUUCCAUCGAGCCUAGUUCAUUUCAGUCAUCCGCUCAGUGCACAGACGGGACAAGGAGAGCAAUUCCAGCGCUGCUUUAUUUGUCAAAGCCCCCCAUAAAAAACAACCUAAAGUCAAAAUGGUAAAGUACAUGCGACAGCACAGCGAGGUGAAACUCGAAGAGGUUCUGUCGGAGUCUGAUGCGUCCAUGGACCAGCAGGAUUUCGGAGAAUUGUCCGACUAUUCUUUCAGCGACGUUUUAUACUCCAAAUGUUCCGCAAUGGACCAAAUCGGCACUUUCAUGAAGAACGUGCAAGUGCUGCUCGAUGCGGCACAUUACAUAGAAAAUAUCGAGAAGAACAACGGAAAAUGUGAGCAUGGUUAUGCUUCAACGUACCCUGCAACCCAGACUGCACACCAACAGAAACAGCGUAAAUUCAAGAGCAGGAAAUUGGACAAUCUUCACAAUAGGUCAGCACACAAUGAACUGGAAAAAAAUAGACGAGCACAUCUCCGCCUGUGUUUGGAGAGGUUGAAGUCCCUCAUCCCCCUGGGACCAGACUGCAGUCGACACACCACACUGGGACUGCUCAACAAGGCCAAAGCACAUAUCAAGAAACUUGAAGAGGCGGACCGGAGGAGUCUGCACCAGCUGGAGACCUUAGAGAGGGAGCAGAGGCACCUGCAGAGGCAGCUAGCCCAGCUGCAAACUCAUGGAGAUAGGGAGAGGGUCCGUAUGGACAGCCUGGGCUCCCGUAUGGACUCUGACCGCUCAGAGUCUGACAGAGAAGAGAUCGAAGUUGAUGUGGAAAGCACUGAAUUCUCCCAUGGAGAAAUGGACAGUGUAAGCACCAGUGGUGCAAGUGACCUGGACGACCACAGCAGCCGGCAGAGCUCAGCCAGCGACGAGGGCUACUCCACAUGCAGUCUAAAACUGGCCUUCUCUGCUUAAAAAGCACCAGCCUAUACUUUAACUCCAGCUGCAGUCUUUUAUGGCUUUCACCUUUCAAAGUACCAGCCUACAGCUCCAUUCUCCCUUUGCAGUUUAGGUUAACUGUCUCCAGAAGAACAACCAGCCUCGAUCCCACCUUUACCUGACAAAUGAAACAUCUGCUCCGCCCUGAGAACCAGCCUUAAGUUCAACUCAGCCUAAAAGUUGUCUAAAAAUGUCUCCUUCCAAAAAGCCAAGGGGCUCCUCUACAUCAGUCUGAAACAUUUUACACAACAGCCUCAAAUUUAACUCCCGGCAAUAUACAGUUUCCUCAUUAUAAGAGUUGACUUAACCAAUCACCUGAAUGUCCCUUAACCCAUUACCAGCUAGAAUCAACCAUAAAGUACCUGCACUCAAUACUGACCCUGUAGAGGACCCACGAUCGCAGCAGUGUCCAACACUGAAGGGGAAACUACCUUUAGUCAAGUUGAUCCUCUGAAACCAGCAAAAACACUAGAAACCCAAUACCAGCUAGAAGCUCACCAUUGGGACCGCUUGCUCCAUUUGCCUUGUAAAAACAUUGCCCCUUUUCUUUGGAUAACGCAUCCAGACGACACUUCUUGUCAGUGUACAAGCCAGUGGCAAGGGCUACAAUGUCUGCAUUCCAAAAUGUUUAUUACACUCCUGUAACCUUUUGCUUUAGGACCCACGACCAUCACUGAUCCGUGUGGCGUCCCUUCUCUUGACUGAAAUAGUCAUAUCCAAACAGGUGGUGUAGUCCACCCUCGUUAUUCUAAUUUAUUUGCAUAUGAUUAUAGUAUUUAUUUUUGGUAUAUUUAAUUUUACUGUAGCUAGGUCUUGGUCAUGCUUGAAUGAAAAACAUUUUUUAAAAUAUUCUCUUUUUAACAUUUAACAAAUUACUUGACACAAAUUUAACCCCCACAGAAGCAUAUGCAGUGCUAAAGGUUUAAUGCAUUUCAUGUUUUGUUGAAAGAAUGACACUUCUCUUUCACACUGUGCUCAAAUUCAGUUUUAUUUAGACAGUAAUAAGCUAUCCCGCACUUGUCCAAGCACAAGGCUGAAAGCAAUAAAGCGUCUACUUUUAUCCUAUCUUUGAUGUUGGCUGUGUUUAGCAUACUAUUCUGUCCGUCCAACACCAAAUUGCAGUUUUGCUAGUUUUCCACUUCGCUCCAGUAGUGGUAUCAGUUUUAAUAUUCAGCAGUUAAAAUGAUUGUAAUUGAUUUAAAAAAAAAAGCUAUGGUGCAUGUGAAUUGAAUGUAGCUUGUCUAAUCAUGUUGUAAUGUGCUUUGGAUUGACAAGUCUUAAAAAAAUGUCUGUAGCAUGAACAACACUACAGAAUACUAAUUUUGGUUUAUACUUCAAUGUUUAAUACUGUAUUAUUUUUUGUAUUGUAGCAGGAAAAGAACAAGUUCAAUUCCGUGAAAUUUGGAGACUUCCCGUUAAUAUUCAAUGUAUAUUUGACACUGAGAAUUGCACUGCUGACCUGUUAGAAUCCAUGAAACCAAAUAAGACAUUUCAAUAUGACCAUUUAUCUGCAUUUUUCUGGUCCAAGUCCUAAAGAGAUCACCACCAAAUUGUGUCUUAACAUGGGUAUAUAUAUGACUCUUGCACAAAGUUCCUUGUUACAGGUCUUUUCUCCCCCACCCCAACCUGUUUGGGAAUCUAUAAAAUGCACUAUGAAAAAGACUUUUGUUAAGGACGUACGUCAAAGCACACCCCAGAAUGUUUUCUCUUGUGCUUAAUCAGCCAUCCAAGGUGACUUUUUUGCAAAAUGUGCUGCUGGUCCCCUGCUAGUACUUUAUUACAGUUCCUGAAAACUGUCCCUGGAAUCUUAAUAAACCUCUACCACCCAGACAUCAA